UUCAAUACCAAGGUCUGCACUCGGAAGGAAGAUCACAGUCUUUCCGUAUAGUGCGUUUCGAUCAACUACUUUUUAAAGUAUUGUUAACAAACACGUAGGAUUUUUGAUCGAAAACGUACAUUAUUUUCUUCAUUAUUAAAAUUAAACAUCCUCCUACGUCGUUUAAUAUUGUAAAAAAAAAAAAAUAAUAAUGAAAUUUAGAAUAUGGUAAAAACAAGUGGAAGUGAAGGUUUAGUGUUGUAAUUCGAAUAAUAAAAAGGAAAGAAAGAAAAAAUUUUUUGUUUGUCUUCGUUAAAAGCAUUAAUUACUGAAAAAAAGUAAUUAAUCAAAAAAAAAAAAGAUAGAAUGGAAAAAUAUCGUCAAUGGGGUGUCAUUUUCGUGAUCAUAGCUGCAUGUACUUGCGGAGUGCGUACAGAAUGUGAAUCACGAGGACACAUUUCUUUAUUGACGAGCAUUCACGAUGACGCACCCUGUAAAAAAAUAUCAACUAAAGGUGUUUUGCUUUACGAGGCCGCUAAAUUAUUGAUGGAGAUUCAUAACAAUAAAUCUAAUACUAUGGAUAUUGAUAUAGCGGUUUUCGAUACAUGUGGCAGCAUCACAGGUGCAUUGAAAGCUUCCAUGAAAGCUUUAGUUUCAGCGGACAUUAAUUGUUUGCAAGCUCCUCAUUAUUUGGGUAUAAUUGGUCCUGAUACACCAACAAAUGCCGAAGCUGUUCACAAAGUAACAUCUGUGUUAAAGAUACCACAUAUUGUGAGAAAAGCAUCUAACGCGCCAUAUCUUCAUCAACUCAUUCACGAAUCCGAUUCCUAUUUGGUAGAGGGAGUUUUAAAAGUCAUUGAAAUGCUAAAAUGGAAAUCAUUCACAUUGGUGGCUAAUAGUGACGAAGAUUUAGAUGAUGAUGUACAGAAUAUUGCUAAGAAAUUAACUAUGGCGGCUAUUGCAAAGAACUUGUGCGUUAUUGUUCACAAUGAUGACAACGAUGACGAUAAUGAGAAAGAUAAAGAUUAUACGUCGCAUGUUGUUCAUAUUGGACAACCUGACGAAGGAUUCUUUAAUAAACUAGUAAACGCAACUAUUCUUAUUGUUAGUGAAGGAAAUCUCGAUGAACAUGUUAAUAAUCUUGAUACAUCUAACACCAUAUUACUUUUGGAAGAUUCAAGAGAAGAAUUACCUGGACUCGAAGCAAGGGUCGAUAAAUCAAAAUGGUGGUCUCACGGUGAAGGAACAGGAAAAUAUGACGCCGAGGAGUUAAGAGAAGUGAGAUGGCUCGAAGAUGCUAUUGAAAUUUAUACUAAAGCAAUCGAAUCAGUAUGUAAAAAGAAAAAGUGCAAGAAUCCAAUGAACUCCGUAGAUUGGAACAACAUUCUAUCGAAUGUAAUUAUAUCGCAUAAUGCAGAAUCACAAGAGGCACCUCAAUCUCUUGAUCUUUUGAUAAAAAAGAAAGAUUCCAAAUUAGAUAAUCUAGGUAACGUCAUUAUACAAAAGAAUAAAGUAAAGAUACAAUGGGAAGAAGAUAACGAUGAUGACGAUGAUAAAAAUGAUGAUAAUAAGGAUGACGAUGACGAAGAUGAUGACGGUAUUCCUGAUGUUUUUGAAAAAAUUAUAUCAGAGGAAAAAGGGACUCCAGUUGGAUGUGCAACGAAAGAAAUGAAAAUGCUUCAUGAACAUGAACAUGAUUCUACGCAUGUUCUCGUUACUGAAAUGGAUGACAACGAAUGGUGGACUAUGGUCGGUACUGUCAGUGGCGUAGGAGUUGCAAUGUUCAUCGUUGGUAUUCUUGCUGUUUACAUUGUGUAUACCAAUAUCCGAGGUCCUGUACAGAAAAAUAACAAAUCUCGUCUUGAGAGAGACACGAGCUUAAGAAGAGUCGGUAGUGAUAGAGAAUUACCAACAACUGGUCGUAAUACAAGACAAGCUCGUGGUCCUCAAAGGAGAGACAGUAACAGAAGCAUCAGAAGUAAUAUUUCCGAUAAAAGUGUUUAAAAACAUAAUACUUACAGAACAUGUAAGGCUUCUCUGUAAAAAAAAAAAAAAAGAAAAAAAAUUAAUAUUAUAAACUCGAUUAAAACGAGUGCAAUUAAAUCCUUGUAGAAAUAAAAUGAAAAAGAAAUUUUCUUAGUAGUCGAUGGCAGAUAAAAAAGCAGAAAAAAAACGAAAUUAUAUCUCGAGUAAUUUAUUGCAAAUAAUAACUCUUAUGCGUCAUCAACUGAAUAUAUUAAACGAUUGAUUUAUUCUAUCAA